CGAAGUGGUGAAGGCGUUGGCCAAAUGCCGGACCAACUUUGACCGCUGGACCGACUUCUUGGACGAACCGAAUGGCACCACAAAAGAGGAGAUGGACUUCACGACCACUGAGUUGAGGAAUGGUCUCCGAAGUAUUGAAUGGGAUUUAGAGGACUUGGAGGAGACGAUUGGUAUCGUUAAGAGUAACCAAAAGAAGUUCAAAUUAGAGGAGUCGGAGAUCAAUGAGAGGCGAAGAUUCAUUCAACAGACCAAAGACGAGGUGAAGUUCAUGCGGGAGAAGCUCUUCGACAACAAAAACAAAGACAACAACAAAAACAACUCGUCUUUGCGUCAAAGUCUGGGCCAACAGUCGUCCUCUUCCACGAAAUACACGCGUCUGGAGAACUCGUUCGGCGACCGACACGACGGACCCGAUUCGGUGGGCAUUACCGUCGAUGACGGCAGUCAUCUUCAAUAUCACCAGCAGAUGAUAUUGCAAUCGCAAGACGACUCACUCAACAAACUCCGCAAUAGUGUCGGCAAUUUGAAGUCAAUUAGUCGACAGAUCGGCACAGAAGUGGACGAACACGCCGUAAUGCUCGACGAGUUGGGACAUGAGGUCGAUAUGACUGACUCCAGAUUUGACACAACUCUUAAAAAAGUUGCUCGAGUUCUACAUCUCUCCAACGAUCGACGGCAAUGGGCGGCAAUCGGAUUAUUACUACUCGUUAUAAUUAUCAUAUUUUUAGUGGUAAUCAUUUAGUGGUUACCAUUGCUUAAGGAAAUC